GCUGACGUCAUUUCGACCGCGUUGGAGUCUGACGUGGUCGAGAGUCAGUCACGAUCAAACUGUUGCCCAAAACACACUUUCACCCGGACAGAGAGACAAAAGAAGAAAAGAGAUCCGAAGAAAGAGUGAUUCUGUGAGCUGGAAAGCGCGAGCGGCGCAAACUCCUCCAAGAAGUUUGACUUUUACACAUUUGUCUUGUUUUGGGGCCGUUUUUAAUCAUGGGCUUGACCAUUUCAAGCGUCUUCUCUCGCCUGUUUGGGAAAAAACAGAUGAGAAUUCUCAUGGUUGGUCUGGAUGCUGCAGGGAAAACCACAAUCCUCUACAAACUCAAACUGGGAGAAAUAGUCACAACAAUUCCAACCAUAGGUUUUAACGUGGAGACAGUGGAAUACAAGAACAUUUGCUUCACCGUGUGGGAUGUGGGUGGUCAGGAUAAGAUCAGGCCUCUUUGGAGACACUACUUCCAGAACACCCAGGGUCUGAUCUUUGUCGUGGACAGUAACGAUCGUGAGCGAGCACAGGAAGCAGCAGAAGAGCUUCAGAAGAUGCUUCAGGAGGAUGAACUGAGAGACGCCAUUCUGCUGGUGUUUGCAAACAAACAAGAUUUACCGAACGCAAUGCCCAUCAGCGAGAUGACGGACAAACUCGGCCUGCAAGCACUCAGGAGCAGAACUUGGUAUGUCCAGGCGACCUGUGCGACUCAAGGGACGGGUUUAUACGAGGGAUUAGACUGGCUUUCCGAGCAGCUCUCCAAGCACUAAACAGCACUUCCUGUUCAAGCAGGAUGUGUGCUUUUCUAAAGGACACGAUUAGUGGAGUUGAUGUGGAACAGAAGCAGUUCAUGUAUAAUUUUCAGUUGAUUGCUACCAAAAAUGCACCUGCUGCUGAUAUCAAUCUACGGCAGUGCAUUUUAACAUUUAGUUCCUUUUUUAAUUCAUUGCACCUUUGACCUCGACUCACAUUUCUCCCAGAAUCAUUACACUUGAUGUACUUCUGGGCUCUUGUUACGGUAAGCAUAAACAUCAAGCAUUGUGUUAAUGCUGAUAACUUGUGUAUAUAUAAAAAUGCUCUAUUUUGUGCUCCCUCAACUUGAUUUAUUCCAUUAUUUUCAUUCCAAACAUUUUCAUUCCCAGGUGGUUGCAUGCCAUACAUCCAGGGAAAUGUUCUCAGAGAAGCAUGCAUUUAAUAAAUAAAAGAUUGUUCUUAUAGUAGCACACUUAGAGACUGGCAAUGCAUUGAUGUAAGCAUUAGUUUUAGUGCUUCUAAAAUGCCUGAGUUUUUAUUUGGAAUGGUCUGAUGUCUGUGUUGUAAAUAAGCAGCCUUUUUAUGUACGUAAUCCUAAUUGCAUUAAACGUGCUGUGCUUUACUGUGUAAACGAACUUGAGAACAAUCCAGUGCAAAUGUUUAAGACAACCAACUGUUUUUAUUUCCAGCUUUUGAAAAUAUUCAGAUGGAUCAGUGCUAGGAUUCAUCUAGCUGUUACCCUUUUUAAACAUUAUGAAUAAAGUAUGAAGCAAAUAAAAGUUGUUGUGUAUUAACAAAGACUCAAGAAAGAA